AAAAUACUGUUCGCGUCAAUUAGUGUUGUUGGAGCUGCUGAGCAACCAUGGACGCGUUGAUGCGGGUGAUGGCCGCUAAGAAACGGGAGAUCUCGGUGGUUCAGGAGAAGAAGCACAGUAAGAAGGAGAAGUAUCUACGUCGUGCCGAGGUGGAGUCGUUGCUUGAAGAAGAGGAGAAGGCAAAGGAGGCUCCGACCAAGAAGCGCAAACUGGACCAGAAAGAAAACUCCAAAACCAGUCAGCAAAUGCUGGAUGAAUCUACAGAAUAUACCGAAGACAAGACUCAAGUGAAGGAAGAAAGUGAAGCCAUCCUGCCAUGGCCUGAUCUGCGUCGACGCCUGCGAGAACUUGGUGAGCCUAUUACACUAUUUGGUGAGAGCAUGAAGGACCGCAUGACGCGGCUCCGCAGACUGGAAAUCGACGUUGUUACCAAACACGAGGUGGAACUAGGAGCAGGUCACGAUAUCCGCAAUCGCUUCGUCGGUGGAGACAGCGGGAUGAACGGAGAACAGAAAGACACAGCGGACGAUGCAGCAGAAGACGCCGAGGAGUUUGACGUCGCUGACACUGCGGGGGAUGGGAAGAGCAAGACGGACCGUAAAGAGGAAGAAGACGAGGAGAAAGAUGCCGAUAAAAUGGUCUACAGGUUCUUCAAGGGCAUGCUACAGAGGUGGGAGAAAGAUCUGGCCAAUAGACCGGACCAUGUGAAGCGCACAGCGCAGGGCAAGAUCGCAGUCAAGACCAUGAAGCAGUGCAAGGACUACAUUCGACCAUUGUUCAAGCUCUGCAAACACCGACAAGUGCCGCCCGAUAUCUUGCCGCAUCUGGUGGAUAUUGUCAAGUUCUGCCGUCAGGGAGAGUUCGUGAUGGCGAAUGACGCCUAUAUCAAGCUGGCCAUUGGCAAUGCGGCCUGGCCUAUCGGUGUUACCAUGGUUGGUAUCCACGAACGCACCGGUCGUGAGAAGAUCCACUCGAACAAGCAGGCACACGUCAUGAACAACGAGUCUCAGCGCAAAUAUCUCACGUCUGUCAAGCGGCUCAUGUCGUACGCACAGUCCAUCUCGAAUGUGCUGCCGUCCAAGCGCGUUCUGUAAGAGCUGAGAGAGUCAUUACGCUGGAGUAAAUACAAUUUGUUUUUUUAAAGAAA